UAUUAAGUGGAACAAAAUGAAUCUGGAAGCGAAUUGCAAGAGUCGAAUCACUAGAAGAAAAUUACACAAAUCGAAAUGAGGGUGAUCGCCGGCGGCGGGCGGCGUUCUUCGCCGUCCUCCUCUCUCCUCCCUCAUUAUUCCUCGACCUACAGGAAGCCUGCACGAGCUAAGUUCUAUCGCAUCCCUUCCAAGAGGUGGCUUCUUCUCCUCCUCGCUUUCCUCGCCGUUGCUCCCCCUCUUUUCUUCCACUUCCGCUUCCGCCGCUUCCAUCAGAUGCGCUUGAGGAAGUGCGGGUGGUUACAAAGUCCUCCCCUUGUCUGCGCUCACGGUGGAGAUUCAAGCAGAGCCGUCCCCAACACCCAGAUGGAUGCUUAUCGGAUCGCUAUCGAUUCUCGAGUCGAUUGUAUAGAAAUGGAUAUCUCUCGCUCUUCAGAUGGAGUGUUGUUUUCGUUGCAUGAUAGCAGGGAUCUGCAGAGGAUGUCUGGUAAUAGUACAGCAAGAGUUGGUUAUAUGAACAUGAAUGAGAUAAAGGAACUAGAUGCAGGGAGUCAGUUUCCUCAAGAAUUUCAUAAUCAAAAGGUUCCCACAGCUGAAAGUGCUUUGGCGUUAAUAACAAGCUCAGUUGGGAAAGUAAUCUUGGAUGCUAAAGUUGGUCCUCCUUCAUAUGAGAAAGACUUGGCAAAGGAUAUAUUGUCAAUUGUGAACAAAACUCACUGCCAAAAUUGCCUUGUCUGGUCAAAAAGUGACAUCUUAGGAAGAGAUGUUACCGAGUUAUCUCAAGACGUAAUGCAAGAUUUGCCACGAAUCAAAUCUGUCAGAGUACCAAACUGUCACCCUGUGCUAGGGCUAUCUCUGGUUGGAUACAUUGUCAUGUCUGAUCCCUCUACCGGCGCUAGAAGUAAACUUUUGAGAAUGAAGGGUGCUGGAGUUGUGGGUGUCUACCAUCACUUGGUUGAUACGAAACUCGUGAGAAUUUUGCAUAGGGCGGGUAAGAAAGUCUAUGCCUGGACAGUCGAUGACUCGGAAUCCAUGCAAAGAAUGCUGUUUGAAGGUGUCGACGCAAUCAUCACGAGCAAUCCAGGUCUCCUUCAAGGUCUCAUGCAGGACUUGAAAACAGAAUGCCUUCAGGAUGACUUUCCUUAAUAGCAAAAUAUAAUCAGCAACGACAGUUGUUUUUUCUUCUCAAUCUUGUUACAUUCUUCAGAUUCAGAAGAAUGAAAAUACAAUCAGAAUGUCAAUUAACUUCAUUGUUUUUUUUAAAAAAGAAAAUCGGACUAUAUUGAAUCUA